AUGGUUAAAACAUCUAAAAAUAUUUGGAUCCCAAUGCAACCGACUUCAGAACAAGUCAGUUUACUGUCAAGUGCAGCAACACUGUUUAGUCUACAUGAUCUUUACGAUGAAACUGAUAUUAAAGCAAUCAAUAGAUCAAAUGUUCUUUUCGCAUACGAUGCUUUUAAAUCGUCAUCUUCAGAAGAUUACGAUUCUGAAACUACUCUAUAUAAAAAAAGUGGGUCUCAAACAUUGAGAGACCGUAAAUGGUUUAAAAAUGCCUGCAUUUGCGUUAUAAGUGAUUGCUACAGAAUGUUAUCAGUGAUUGCAUCUGCACAUAAAACUGAAUCCUGGCAGCGAAAAGAAGAACCUUUGAUGUAUCAAACUUUAGAAGAACGAUUUGGUUUUCAUACUGAAGAAAAUUAUGGUGACUUUGUAUUAAAUGCAAAUUAUACAAACUUGCAUAAAUUACAAAAAGAUAUCAAACACGUAUCAAAACUCCUUGCUGAAUUGUGUGACGAAAUUUAUAUUUUUCAUGCAGCUGCAUGUCUGGCUACAUAUGCUGAAGCCUAUGACAAAAUGAAGGAAGAAGAAAUGCAAUUCAUGGCUGAAUAUUUAAAAAAAGAGCAAUACUUUCAACAACUGCAAAGGCUAUUGAAAACUGACAAAGAAGAUACACUAAAACAGUUUGAAGAAAUGGAUAAAGCUGUAGAUGAAAUGACUGCAGACUUGAAGGAUCUAAUGGAAUAUUCGAGUACUUGUUUGAAAUACACACAAAAGUGGCAAACAUCACGCCAAGAACAAAACUCUUUAACACUUGAACGCAAAGAAAAUGCAUAUGUUAGUGUAAUAGUCGGUAUGGACAAUAAAAUUCAGUUGGAGCAAGUAUGCCACGAAGAUAUCGAACGUUAUUAUACAUUGGCAAAAGAUGAUGGUUUGGAUGAAAUCCAACGUUGGAUGGACAAAUAUGAUCAAGAAUACGAAGAGCAAGAAAUGAAAAUUUUAAAAAUUAAACACAACACUCAGACCGUUGUAGAAAAAAAGGAGAAAUUGCAAAGUUUGUAUGAAGUGCGUGAAAUAGAAAUGGCAGAUUGGUUGGAGUAUAAGAGAAUGAAAAAAGAACAAGAGGAGGAAGAAGCUUUGAGAGAGUGGGCAGCUACUAAAAUACAAGCGUGGUGGAGAUUGGUAAUGGUUCGGAAAAAACUGGGCCCUUUUAGGAAAAAGAAAAAGGGCCAAAAAGACAAAAGGAAGAAAAGUAAGAGAAAGUGAAAACUCGACACUUUAUUAUUUUAGGUUUUAUGUAUUUAUUUUAUUUGUAAUUACGUUUGUGAAAUAACUAUAUUUCCUUGAAA